AGAAUUGCUUGAACCUGGGAGGUGGAGGUUGCAGUGAUCACGCAAGCACGCCACUCCACCCAGAUGCAAGGCAGGAUUCAAAAGAACAUCUUUGCGUUUUCUACGGCCUCCCCAUCGUCGUACUAGGGAGGAAGAAGCUGGUGAGAAACAAAACUUCUUUCUACCGUCCUGCCCAUUUCUGCCAACUUGUUCAGAGGCCGAGGCACCUCUAAGGUACUGAUGGCUCUGCAGAGGACCCAUUCAUUGCUUCUGCUUUUGCUGCUGACCCUGCUGGGGCUGGGGCUGGUCCAGCCCUCCUAUGGCCAGAAUGGCAUGUACCAGCGAUUCCUGAGGCAACAUGUGCACCCUGAGGAGACAGGUGGCAAUGAUCGCUACUGCAACAUGAUGAUGCAAAGACGGAAGAUGACUUUGCAUCAUUGCAAGCGCUUCAACACCUUCAUCCAUGAAGAUAUCUGGAACAUUCGUAGUAUCUGCAGCACCACCAAUAUCCAAUGCAAGAACGGCAAGAUGAACUGCCAUGAGGGUGUAGUGAAGGUCACAGACUGCAGGGAUACAGGAAGUUCCAAGGCACCCAACUGCAGAUAUCGGGCCAUGGCGAGCACUAGACGUGUUGUCAUUGCCUGCGAGGGUAACCCACAGGUGCCUGUGCACUUUGACGGUUAGAUGCCACCCUGUAGGGAUUAUCGCGAGUGGUUGACCUUACACUUACCCCUUAAAUAGCAGUGAGUAAUGUGUUUGAGCUGUCCCAGGCUCUGUCUCCUCAGCUCAUUUCUUAUUCUUUUUCUCUAUAUAACUCGUUCUAUUAAAUACAUUGCACCAAAGAGAAAUGGAGACAUAAACCUAUAAUGAAUGAGGCUGGGCUUUUCUGUAAUAAGCUUCCUUUUAUAAUACUGCUCAGCUUAGCUCUCUCAGAUCCUAUCCUGUGGAAUUUAGUUAUUAUGUGUAUUUAUGUAGUAUUUCAAACAUUUCAAAAAUGCUUUCAUCUAUGUUUAUCACAUUUUAAUACCACAGCACUUAUAAUGAUGUCAUUACAUAUAGAAGCUCAAAGUUAAGGGAUUUGCUGAAGACUAUAAAAUUAGUGGAAGAAUUGAGACAAAAAUCCAGUGUAGCUGGCCACUUAUUCAGGGCUUUUUCUACUUCAUCACAAGGAAUGUUUUUAAAGUCUCUGCUUUUUUUUAAUCCUUAAAAUUCACCUGUCCAGGGAGGCAUUAAAAAUUUGGCAAUGUAUGCCAGCAAAAUGUGAGCUCUGUAUUUUUUGGCAUUGUUAUGUUUGGGUUGAAUAAGAUUAAGAAAAUGAUAUUGGGAAUUUUCUUUUUCCUGAACCUUUGAAUCACCCUAGUAAGUCAAAGUAUUAAAAAAAGUACUAGAUCAUUAAGACUCAUGUGCUCUUGCUGACUGAAAGAUUUUUUGUUUUUCUUGUAAUAAAG